CUUGCGUCCUGGCUGCGGGGCAGUGCUGCGGUCAUGGGCACCACCGGCGUCCGUCCGUCCCUCCGGAGUGCGCGCGGACUCCGGCUUGACAGCGGCGCUCCCGUGUCAUUGACCCGCGUGCCCGCUCGCUGCACCGGCGGAGCUGCAGCGAGCUAGCCUUUGUCCCUGUUGUGUUACUGAAAGUGCAGGCGCUGUUUUUCGAGUCCCGUUACGGCUCGGACCCAUCGAGCACUGAGCCCGUUUGCACCUGGACCGAACCCGGUCCGGUCUCGGUGCGCGGGCGCAGGCUCGGGGCUUCGGUGCUAGGACCGUUAGCAUGCUAGCCUGAAGGACUGAGGCCCGCGCGGCGCACUCAGAAGACGUCCUCUGACUGUGCGUGACGCACGCACGUGCUCCCGGCCGUGAGGGGCUCCUUCCAGACCCGGGGGUCCGCGAGGGUCGGAGCUGCCCCCACACGAGGUCACGAUGACGUAACGGAGCAGUCACCCCGGUGCAGAGGGGAUGCCGCUGAGAGCACGUGCAGAUUUUAAUUCUCAGGUGCGCUGUGACGUCAUAUUAGUUCUCCGGAGCGAGCAGCUGUCGGACUACCGAGGAAAUGCCUCUGAGGUUUCGCUCUGUGGUUCCCUACACGCUGCCUGGGGUCCUGGUUCUGAUCGGCUGGUGGUGGUUCACCUCCCGGAAGAAAGAGCGGCUGGUCGGCCAGGGCGCGUCAGAGGCCCCUCCCACCCCUGUGAGCCUUAAAGCAUGUCAGGCUGAAGGCAGCAAUGGUUUGGUUGAAAAAGGCACUGUGCACUGCCCACAGGAAGCAGACUGCCCCACCCUCAGACCUGCAGGGGUCAAUGACUUGAGCUCACAGCAUGAGGGGGGCUCCCAGGACUCUAAAACAGCACCUUCACUGGACCUAGGUUGUGAAGAUGCUUCGCCGCCCCCCUGCAGAACAGGCCUGGGGGAGUUUGAGGCCCCAGACUCUCCUCUGGCUUCUCAUGAAGAUCAGGAGUUCUCAGAGCGACUGUUGAAGGAGCACACGGAGCCAGAGGGGGGCUCCCUGUUUGCUUCGUUGGAGAGACGUCCAGAUGAAGACUCAGGAGUCGCUUCAGGAGCCUCCGGGGGGGCCUACCUGCCCCCCCAGGCUUGUGAUGUCAGCAUCUCGUGCACAGCGGCGCCUCUGACUGACGCGGAGCGACCAGAGCCAGAGGGUGAAGUUGCGAAGCAUCAGGGUUUUGUCCAUUCGCAACACGAGUUCAUCUGCCCGCACACCCCCCCCAAAGGCUCCGGGGGCACCCCGUCAGAGGCUGACCCUCUGGAGACGCCCCCCCCAUCUGUGCAGAAUUUACAUCAACACAUCCUGACCAGCACGCCCACGUGCCCCACCUUUUCAGCAGAAAACGCCCUCCAGGGAGGCGCGGAGGAGCUGGAGCUCCUGGCAGCUGGACUUAUAACCGAGGUCAUCUCUGCAGCCACUCAGGAGGUCCUCGGGGUCUCCAGCUGCAGGGAGCCGGACCGCGGCCGGACCGGCGAGGAGCCACGCCUACAGGAGGAGGAGGCGGGGGUGUCACUUCACUGUCAAGUCCUGACGAGCUCGUCGCCAGGAGGCGUAGCAGAGGAGCAGCUCCACAAUGGCUGCUCCUCAACAGCAGGAUGGGGCGCUGGUGGGGCCAGUAUUCCUCGGACAGAUGAGGUCCGUAGCGACGGCUGGUCUUCACCCUCCCACCAAGCCCCUCCCCCUUUAAACACCAAAGAGAAAGGCGGAGAGGGAGUGGCGCUGGCGGAGGACUCCGCCUGCAGCACAUGCCACUCUGAGGACGGCGUCAGCAGCGAGGAGUUGCAGAGCAGCGCCUUCGACAGACCGGCCGAGGCCGUCCAGGUGAGCCACCUGUCAGAGGACGGCGGCUCGUCCCAGCCUGACAGCAGCACCGAGGACAGCGCCAUCAAGAGGCUGAAUGGGCUCGGCCUCAAAAACGGAGCACACAUCACCUGUGAGGCAGACACGGACCAGUCCGGAGGUUCUGACGUCAACAGCAUGGACUCUGUGGACAGCGGCUGCACCAUGGGGGCUGCAGAGGGCCAGGCGAGCGGCGCCGCCUCCUCCAGCUCAGGACUCGUCAUCUGGGAGAUCGAAGUGCCAAAUCGUUUUGUGGGGCGGCUGAUCGGAAAGCAGGGGAGAUACGUAAGCUACCUGAAGCAGAGCUCUGGUGCAAAGAUCUACAUCUCCACCCUGCCGUACACACAAGACUUCCAGAUCUGUCACAUUGAGGGUGAGCAGCAGCAGGUGGACAAAGCCCUCUCACUUAUCGGCAAAAAGUUCAAAGACCUGGACCUGACCAACUUGUACGCGCCCCCUCCACCACCGCUCACGCUGCCCUCGCUCCCCAUGACGUCCUGGCUGCUUCUGCCCAGCGGCGUGACGGUGGAGGUGAUCGUGGUCAACAUCGUGUCAGCGGGCCACAUCUUUGUCCAGCAGCACACCCACCCCACCUACCACGCCCUGAGGAGCCUGGACCAGCAGAUGUUUCUGUGCUACUCGCAGCCCGGCACGCCGGCGCUGCCGUCCCCUGCUGAAGUCGGUGUCAUCUGUGCAGCUCCUGCAGGCGAAGGAGCCUGGUGGAGAGCUCAGGUCAUCACCUUCUACAAGGAGACCAACGAGGUGGAGAUCAGAUACGUGGACUACGGAGGCUACGACCGAGUCAAGAUCGAUGCUCUACGGCAGAUCAGAUCCGACUUUGUGACUCUACCAUUUCAAGGUGCAGAGGUGCUGCUGGACAACAUCGCCCCUCUCCCAGGGGAGGACCGUUUCUCCUCAGAGGCCACGUCGGCCUUUGAGGAAAUCACCAGAGGUGUGGCCCUGCUGGCACAGGUAUCCAACUAUGACAACAACACGGGGCUGCCGCUGGUCCACCUGUGGAACAUGCUUGGAGAAGAGGUGGUCUCCGUGAACCGGACGUUGGCGGAGCGCGGCCUGGCUGUUUGGGUGGACGGGUUCUGAACCGGGAUGUGGUUCCAGUUCCACACACUCCUCCCGCUGCUUCCAGUGGUCACCAGAGAGGGUCCAGGCUGUCCUGAGGACCCGACCCCACUACCACUGGGUCUGAGAGGAUUGUCUCUUUGUUUUUUGUUUUUUUGUUUUCUCCCCCCUCCCCACUUAUUCUUUGGAAAAGAAAUUAAACUUUGUUUUCGGGCAGAACCUGCCGAGGCCGCUCUCCCUUGUUGUUCACAAACACUAAGAAAAAGGGACGAGGUCGUUUUUACAAAAAACUCUAUUGUAACAUAAUAAAGGAUGGUCAAAUAUUUUUUUAGCCCCCGUCCUGCGCUCAUGUUUGCUCUGGGCCUUUGCACACUGUGACCCUCCCCCCUCAGCCCUGACUGUACUGGCUGUAGUGGGCCAGGUUGGUUCUGAGCUGAAACUUGGCUGUUGGGUGGAAGUUCUGCUGCCCUGAACGGGUCUGAUGCACAUCUUCAGAGGAAGGACAGCACAGACAGGCCUGGGGGUGGGGGGGUGUCACACUUGGACCCAUCAAUGAGCAGGCUGAUCAGAACCACAAUGACCUGCUGUUGUGACUUUUAGGCAGAUGAAGGACUUCAGUCAUUACUACAUUGUGCAACCUCAGGGUAUCCAGCAGAGGGCGGGGCCACAAACGCCACCUGCACAGGUGAUAGUAGAAGAAAACAGCUUUAAGGGAUCAUGUCUGUCAGAGGCAUUUCAUUUACCAGAAUCCGAGAGGAACCUAACCGCACCUAGUUUGUAUGAAUUGAAGUGUGGCUUUUGAUCUGCAGAAGGAAUCAUGAACCAAAAUAUCCCAGAGUCCUUUCCUUCUGCCCCUCCAUCCUUUCCCAGCUUUGACUCUGGUUUGCACACUUUAGUGUUGUUCCUCUGGUUUUAGCUCCGUUGGCAGCAUCUGUAUCCAUUCAGUCAAGACACGGAUGUUUAAAGUCAGAAGACGGCAUCAUCUGCAAACAUGACAAUCUCAUUUUCAUCCAGACGUCUGGAUCUGGGACUUUUCACAUUAGUCAGGUCUUCAUUCCUCACAAUAAAUGCAUUCUAGUAGUUGUAGUUUUCAUCUGUCAUAUCAAUCCCGAUCCUGUCCUUGUCUCGCUCCGUCUCUGCAGCGUGUCUUUGCCUUCCGUUCUCUACAGUGCUUCAUUUUCUUUCCAACUCAUCAGAUAGUUAUUUGCCCUCCAUGUGGGGUUGAAGUUCACACUCAUCACACCGUUGAUGCCCCCAUUCAAAUGGUUCCUGCUGAUGGGGGCAGGAGGGCAGCUUUCUGACCCGUCUCUGGUUAGGGGAGGGGCAUCCAUGGACCUGUUUCAGGGCAGCUGAACUUUUACUGAAAAAACAUUGGAGAUCAGCUCCUCGCUUUGACCGCCACUGGGGUCUUUUGUCUCACCUCCAGCCCUAAACCCAGAGCCACACCCACCUUGUGAUAAGCCCUACCCCUUCUUUGUAAAUAAACCACUGACUGAACUUUUCUAUGACAAAGUGCUCUAAAGGGAACUGAGUUUUGCUUCGGCUUGAGCCCCCCGCCCCCAUGUCUGUCCUCCAGCUGAUGCUGUCGGGUGUCGUGUGGCCCCACGACGUCUGCCCGGUUAUUUAAGUGGCUGUAAGCAGGAGUGCCCCAAGGCGUCUGCUGUGUACAGUUGAGAUUUUGUUAGUCCUCGGCUGCUUUGUGGAUUGUACAGAUGUACUAGGAAAGAAUAAAGCUAUUCAAAGACUA